AUGGAGGGCCCAAUUGUCAUCGCCGCUUUGACCCUUAUCGCCGUUGCGGUUCAUCACCUUAUACGCAAAUGCUCGUUACCACUGCCACCUUGUCCUCCCCAAACAAUUAUUGGCGGUCACUACAACAUUUUCCCACAACAACAGGCCUUCCUCACCUUUACUCGGUGGGCAAGAACAUAUGGCCCGAUAUUCCAUCUACGUCUUUUCAAUAGAUAUACGAUUGUCUUGAAUUCGGGCAAAGUGGCCCUUGACUUAUUGGAAUCUCGUUCAAGCAUCUAUUCGGAACGUCCUUAUUCCGUUUUUAUUAACAAGAUCCAGGAAAGGAGCUUGAGCGUCUUCUCGAUGUCAUUACAUCAUCCUCGGUUUCGCGUCUAUCGCAAGAUGAUGCAUUCUGGACUUGGGCCACGCGCUGUUCAAAGUUACCAUCCCUUGCAGAUACAAGAAACAAAUAUCCUGCUGAAGGCGCUUGCAGACACUCCGAAGGAAUUCAUUCCUCAUCUGAGAAGGAAUGCUGGAGCUCUCAUCCUGAAAGUGACCUACGGUUACGAAGUAUCUGGCAAUUAUGACACUUUCAUACAGCUUGUUGAGCGGGCAUUCAAGCUGCAGGCGAGUAUAAUUGGUCGUCCGUUCCCCGUCGAGUUUUUUCCAUUCCUUCGCUUUCUACCAUCAUGGUUCCCGUUCACCGAAUUUAAGCAAGCAGCAGAGAAACUCCGUGAGGUCCGACCUGAGGAAUGGCCCUUUCAGUGGUCAAAGCGUCUCAUCGACUCGGGUGAAUACGUGGACUCGUUUGUAUCUCGUUUCCUUCGCCCUGAGGACGGAAAGUUACCAGGAGACGAAGAUAUGGACAUCCUUAAAUGGUGCGCUGCUGCACUCUAUAUCGGCGGUGCAGACACGACCGUCUCUGCGAUGACAUCUUUCGUCUACCUCAUGGUGACUAACCCAGAGGUCCAAAUGCGCGCUCAAGCCGAUAUAGAUCAGGUUACGAAAGGUGAUCGACUCCCAACCCCAGACGAUGAGGCCGCUCUACCGUACAUAACCGCGGUCAUCAAGGAGAUUCUUCGCUGGGGGCCUGUGGUGCCUCUGGGUCUACGCCACAGCGUGACUCAAGAUGAUAUCUAUAACGGGUUCCGAAUACCCAAAGGAUCCACCGUGAUAGGAAAUGUCUGGGCUAUGACACACGACCCGGAAUUAUAUCCUGACCCGGAGAGAUUCAAUCCCGAUCGUCACCUCGGUGAAGAUGCGCAGAUGGAUCCGUUCAAAUUCGUGUUUGGCUUCGGAAGGAGAGUCUGUCCCGGAUCCUACCUUGCUGAACGAUCUCUAUUUCUCAACAUUGCCAACAUUCUUGCUGUGUUUUCACUCGGGAAGGAGACCGAUGGUGAUGGACGUGUUCUUGAACCACCAACAGAAUGGUAUGGCGGUACGACGUCGCAUCUCAAACCGUUUCCCUGUGCGAUCAAGCUACGUGUUCCCAAUCUGCUUCCUCCAUGA